GCAAAACAGUCACUCGGUUAGAUAAAUACUAAACUAAUUCGUGUAUACAGAGUAUUUGUUAUAAAACGCUUUUCGGUGGCAGUAUUUCUCGACAUGUUUGCUAGUUAGGAACAAAGCUAAGUGGUUAACGUUGUUAUGUUGCUCGCAGUGUAGCUCGGUCAGUAGGAUGAAAUGGAGUUUAGACUGCCAGCAGUGAUUACUCUGACCUGUUGGUUUAGCAGUUAGCAGUGAGUGUGUGUGUGUUAAAGUGGCCGGGAUGCUGCAGGGGCUGUAUGGCGGUAUUGACCGCGAUAACCCGCUCGUCCGGCUGCCCUUUACUGUAUUCAUUGUAGGAACUGUGUUUCUGCCUCUCUUCGGCUUCAUCACCUGCGUCACGCUUUCACUUAUAUAUCACUUCAACGAAGCCAACUACACUCACUGCAAGGUCUACAACUAUCUCCCAUCCAUCAGCGCAGCCAUUAGCCUCACACCGCAGCGCUAUAUCUGGCGCUUCUGCAUCGGUCUGCACUCGGCCCCACGCUUCCUGAUCGCAGCGAGUUACUUCAACUUCUACAGAAGACGCUUCGCCAGGCAGAACUUGGAGCAGCUCGGGAGCGUCUUGACUCUCCUCUUUGCUGUAAUCGAGAACGCAGGACUGCUGCUACUCACCUACGUCUGUUCAACUGAAACCUACUAUCUUCAUAAAAUUGGCUUCAUCACUUUCAUCGGCAGCUCUUGGUUCCACAUGCUGUGCACCUGUUGGCUCUGGUUUAAGAUUACGAAGUACACCCUUAGUACUGAGGAGAUGACAUCAUACCGCUACAAGGCCCGCCUCUUCCUCUUCAGCAUUGUCUUAAUGUUGGCUGGUUUUUACUUCUACUGGCGCCACAACGAGUACUGUGAACCAGGAAUUUACACACUCUUCGCUCUGUGUGAGUACCUGGUAGUGCUCUCCAACAUGGCCUUCCAUGUGACCGCCUACUGGGACUUUGGAAGUAAAGACGUGAUGGUGGCAGUGCCAGUGGAGAGCAAACAUAUUUGACUGUUAAAUACUAAACACGUGAACAUGGAACGACAUUAUCAUGGAACCAACUGUGCAUCUAAAUACAUAGAACCAUUAUUCUAGUGCUGAAGUAAGUGUGUCUGUGUGUGUGUGCGCGCACGCGCGCAUGUGUAUGUGUGCCAUUUUUAAAAGGUCCUUAUAAGAGUAUGUUUAUAACAUACUGAAGCUUGCCCAUAAUGUUCAUUUUUUUUUGCUAAACUGUAUCAGUGAUUUGUGUUUACAAAGUGUUUGUGAUUAUUUUGUGCAUAUUUCUAAAUGUUAUAACAUGGGAAAAGAUAAAAGUUACGUGAUGGACUGA